CCACAAGGCAUGACGAACUGCACUGACACAUCUUUGACAGGGCCAGCGCAGCAUGUACUCUAAAGGCAAGGCGAAUACCGUGCCUUCUGAUGCCCAGGCACGCGAAAAGCUGGCCUUGUACGUAUACGAGUAUCUUCUUCAUGUUGGAGCACAGAAGAGCGCACAGACUUUUCUAAACGAGAUAAGAUGGGAGAAGAAUAUAACGCUAGGAGAACCGCCAGGCUUUCUCCAUUCGUGGUGGUGUGUGUUUUGGGACUUAUAUUGUGCUGCUCCCGAGAGAAGGGACAGUUGUGAUCACUCUAGUGAAGCAAAGGCCUUCCACGAUUAUGUCAUCCCAAACCUUCAGCAAGGGGCUGUACCUUCCCCAGGAUUCCCCCAGAUGGCUACAGAUGGUCCCCCAGGGGGUUCUAAUAUGCCUGGAGGAAUGCCUCCUUACUUUCCGUCGUCACAACCACAAGCAUCGCCUCAUCAGCCUCCAUCACACCAGACCCCUCCUGGUUAUAUGCCUAAUCAGCCUCCUCAAGGAUAUAUGCCCAAUCAGACACCAUAUGGUAUGUCAAGAUAUAACCCAGCAGCGAACAGACCUCCGAAUGUAAGGAUUCCAGGCCAGCCUCCAGGAGGUGUGGCAGGUGUGCCAGGAGCGCAGCCGUUGUUACCAAGUACUAUGGACCCUACACGGCAGCCAGGCGGAUAUCAAGGGCAACCAAUGCAAAUGAGCAGAAUGAACCAUCCUCGAGUUCCUGUUCCACCGAACUAUGGUGGGAUGAGACCCCCACCAAACAGCUCAGUAGCGCCAGGCGUCAACAUGCCCAUGCCUGGUAGUAGACCCUGGAAUCCUACAACAUCGGUCUCAGGUCCUCCCGGAACACCAAUAAUGCCAUCUCCUCAAGACCCAUCAAAUACUGGCAAUGAAUCCAUGUAUGCUAUGAUGAAAUCUGUCCCUGGUGGAAACAUGUCAGCAUACAUGGGUGGUGGCCCAGAACCCACAUUACCCCUUGGGGGCCAGGAGCCCCCUCUUGUGAUGAAUGAUUCAAACCCUGAUAUGGACGGUCUCCCAAAGGAUAACCAGAAUGACCACAACCCCGGUACCCCUGGGGAAGGCGAUAACCAGUUUAGCAAUUUACUGCCUUUUUCACAAGACAAUGAUCACUGCGAAUCUGUAGCGAUAUUAAAGAUCAAAGAAACCAUGCAAGAGGAAGCCAGAAGAUUUGAAACGACUGACGGAACAACAGAUCAUCAGGGAGACUACUUCAUGCAAUAAUGGUCAGACAAUUACUGUCUUUGUAUAUUUCGUCCGUCAUAAUCAAAGGAUUUGUAGCAAACAGCAGUUCUUCCUCAGCAGAGGUAUGGACUCCAGUGUUAGGAACGAAUCUAAUAGUUGGAGAAACCUCCCGUGUACGAACAACCCGUUUUUCUUGCGCUCUGCGGUUCAACGCGGUGAAGUAUGCGUGAAACUUCAGGGCUUGAGGCAAAAGGGGCCAUAAAUAGCCUGAGUUAACAACCGUCUGUGUUUUCAUGCCCUUUCCUUUCUCGCAAAUGAGUAGAAAUAUUCGGCGAAAAAAAAAGUUUAUGUCUAAUGACGUAGUUAAAGUUAACUUCUAACCGUUUUUGCCGAUUGGCUGAAGUGCAGAUUGAUUUGCUUUUGGCGCGCGCGCACGCGUAGCUUAAGAUCAUGAUCAAGUAACAUCGAACUUUUGAUGGAUGUUGAGAGGAGAUAACGUGAAGGAAAUAAAGAUAGGCGCUUGUUAACUCAGACUAAACCUAGAAUAGAUUGUCUUUAAAUAAGGUUAUAUUAUAUAGAAAGGGAAAUAUGUUUGUAUAGUUCUUUUUCCUUACGUUGUGUGUAAGAUACUUGGAUAUUUCUUGGGACAUCUUUAACUCUAAUAUCACAAUUUUACCCGGCUAUUUGUGAGUGAUGCUUUGAACGGCUUCCACCCUCUUUUAACUCGGAGUUUUUUCACUUAAGGUAUACUUUUCACCCAAGCGGGAGGGAUUCAACAAAAUAACGUCUUUGCAUUGCUUUUAAAUAAUGUUCACUGCAGAUAGUUGAGCUAUUUGGCGCAGAUUUUGGGAUGAAUCGGACGAUUAUGAAAGAAUUUCCGUUCCCUGAAAAAAAAACAUUGUUACCAACAGCAUUUGACUGUUAAGGACAGAAGCAAAAAUUUUGUUUCACGGAGUAAUGCCAACCAACUUCGUUCUCAGGUUCUCUCGCCAAGCUAGGAAGAGAGACCAUGGGAACUAAGUUAAUCACGCACGACCUUUGAAUUUUAAGGGGAAAAAAUACGCACUUUUUCCUUGAGAUCUAUACAAUGUACUCUUCGGCUUUAGGAAAGACACUGCUCAUCUGAGUGAUGUAUCUUUUUCUCCCGUAAGUUGAAUCUCAAAUAAGGAAGAAUUCUGUCGUCCGAACAAAAACGCGUGUAAAUUCGCCAAUAUUCGCUCAAGAAAUACGAAUGCUCGUAUUACCAUUGACAUUAUCAUAUCAUCAUUUACUCAGCUGCUUUUGGACUUAAUAUUUUUUGCGUGGACGUGUUCUCUCAAGGAGAAGCCGUCUUAAACCAUUAUUUAACACACAAGAAGUUUCCAGAAUCGCUACUAAAUUAGAAGUUUUGCAACUUCGCUGUCUUUUUUUAAAAUUCACUUUGACGGAUCAAAUCCGGUCUACAAGGUAUGAAAAUAAUUCCAAUGACAUUGGUUCACGAGGAACUCUGAUUGAGCGUGACUUUUUGCCGCUCGUGCAAGAUGAGACCACGAGGUAACCGUUGCUUUCUUUCAAAGUGGCAGUCAAAUAUAGGUGCGACUUAUUAAUUCCGACUCGGGUUUGGUUCUUGGGGCUUCAACUGCAAUUUGAAAACAAAGACUCGCCGUUUUAACUUUGAAAUGCCUGAAGCUCUUUAGAAUUCAUGACUGCGCUUUGAAAAGGAAGCUUUGGCUGCUUCUCGCUUAGCUUGGAUCGCAUUUAUGCCAAUUCCGCCUCAGGAGUGCCUUGGCUUUUUUGUAAGGGAUAUAGUUGAGAUCACUGUCAGUAUUUGAGUAACUGGGAACCUACCCUGCGCACCUACCCCUCCCCUAACUCAGCUAUAGUUGACUGAUAGCAAUUUAGGGUUAAUGUUGGGUUACGGGAGGGGUGGGUGAGCAGUCGCAUAGAUACUGACGACGAUCCUGUAGUUGCCCAUAUUUAAGCUGUACUUGGGUAGAAUGUAGCAGUUUGUGAAACAGACUCUAGCUUACUAGCGCCAGAACCUAGCUAGUCCAUUUUUAUUCAUUUUAAGAUAUAUUUAAACAUUUCAUAACGCGAUGCGGCAUCAAGAGCGACACUUUGUUGGCGUCACGCAAGGCUACCUGGGUUGCUUGACAUUCGUUUUGCUGGAAUGAGUUCUAGUGACUUAGCUUUUCUCUUAGCGGUUAAGGAAAUUGAAGAAUCAUGCACGCUUCAUUUUCGCCCAACAAACAUUUAGUAACUAGUUAAUUUAAAAUUUUCUUUGGAAAAAAAAACGUUUUGGGGGGUUUUCAAUUGAGCUACAACCAUGAUUGAUACUAAUGAAAAAGCAAGAAAAAGGAUUUGAUUGAUACACGAUAAUUUGAAAGGAUCGAAUUUGAAGAACCAACAAAUUUAGCCUCUGUAGUAGUAUUCAUAUAUAUAUAUAUAUAUAUUAUAAAUAUUUAGGAGCCGUCGUAAGCCUUCUGACUCUUGAAUGCCCUGAUAAAUAUCUGUAUAAAUGACCUAUGCCCUAUAACUAAUGUUUCUGAUUAAGUACGCUCAUACAGUUUGUGAUCAUGUUGAUAUUAAAGAAAUGGACAUUUAA